CACACCCGAUUAAACAGGUUACCUCACAUGCGUUGUUAAACCUAAAAAAAAGAUUAAUUUAAAUACGCGCUGCAAAAUAAGAGACUUGCACAGUCUCUCCAAAGUCAUUGUUUUUUCACUUCUUCCUUCACCUCGCUCCAAUAUGAAGCGAGAUUGGGCAUAUUUAGAAGCGGCCGCUCUUGAUUUGAUUCUAAACAAGUUGAAAGAACGAAUAAAUCAUGUGUCGUUCAGUGUGGUGUGCAGGAAUUGGUGCUCAGUUGCAAAGCUUAACCAUCAAAAUCAGCAAUUCAGAACUAAUGUGUUGCCCAUGCUAAUGAUUCCCACAAAAAGAAGUUUAUAUGGUAUUCCAGGUAAUAAAGUGUACCUGCCAUCGUCAUUAUCAUUGCCAUUGCCAUUGAUUUCCAAUAAGAAGAUUUGUGGCUCUAGCCAUGGUUGGCUAGCACUCAUGGAAGAUGGUAAAUAUGACAUAACUCUAAUCAAUCCUUUUAAGAACGUAGCUCCCAUUGUUCUGCCACCCUUAAAUCCUCUAGCGGAAUUCUAUGAAAACAAUGUAAAUAAGGUUGUUUUGUCUGUUGACCCCUUAACAGACCCGAAUGAUUAUAUGGUUGCUGCAAUUCGCAAUGAUCAUUCUUGUUUUGCAAUCAUAAGAGCAGGUCAAAAAAAUUGGACUCAUGUAGAGGAUGAUGAUGAUGAUUUGGACUGCUACUACACAGAUAUUACAUUUUAUAAAGGUCUAGCAUAUGUUGCAUGUAGAAUGGAUGACAUUGUGUCAUUCAAUCUCCAUUAUUUGGAUGACCCUUCUGGAAGAGAAAGGAUAGUUCCAAAUAUUUUCUAUGAAGAUAAUUAUCAUCUAACAAAUCAUGUGUCUGAUCGAGGCUAUCUUGUGAAAUCAUUAGAAGGAGACUUAUGGAUUGUGAGAAGAAUUUUGGAUAUUCAACUCAACAGUGAUGUUAGGGACAUUGUUAUUGAGAGGUUUGACGUAUAUAAGUUGGAACUAGAUGCUCAAAAUGGGGAGGUUUUGCAAACAUUGAAACUGGAGAAUUUGGGAGAUAAUGUUUUGUUUGUAGGUGAUUGUGAUUCAACAGCUGUGUCAUCUUCUUACUUCUCUAAUUGUUUGCAAAAGGAUUCAAUUUACUACACGAAUGAUUAUGAUGAUGGCUUACCAAGUACUUAUCUUCAUGACCCAUUUGAUUUAAGGGUAAAGGAGGGAAGAUUUAUUCAACAUUGCCCUUUCAAUCCCUUGUCACCUACGUUUUGGAUUCUACCACCAUUCCAAUUCUAA